AUGAAGCCUUUAAUAGAUGACAACAAGCGAUGGGCGGAUCGGGGGAUGAGUGCAAGCAUGAGGUCCCCUCGGUCCGUUGCGGAUCAGUUGCCUGAACGAUUCAAAGACGGUGACGAUUCCCAAGUCGAUUAUACAGCCCCGCCACGGGCUAUGGGUUCCCGGGACGGAAAUAUGCACUACAUGCAACAGUCCUUGUUUUCCGUGAUCGCCGCAGUCGGCUCACGAUCCGAUUUUCGAACCCGCUUCGACGACUCCAGUGAUAGUGACGGGGAGACGGAGGACCAUCCCAAGAUGGAGCGUCUCCCAAGAUCGCAAAAUCGACAGGCCUCACCCGACAUCGCUCCAACGAGCGGACGAUCAGAAUCGAUGCAACGGAACGAGCCCGAGGAGCGAGGACGGCGGCAUCGGAAGACAAUAUCGGAAAAUAAACCCAUUCGGAGGCUUCCCACCAUAGGGUCUAGCGACAAGGAAAAUAAUCCGUCAGCCAUGACCGGAUCGACUCUCCUUAUACCGCCGAGGCGAACACGCAGCGCCACGCCCCGCUCAGCUCCGGUUCUCACCCGUAUGGUACAAGCACAGACUCGCUUUGAUACAGCAACCACGACGGAAAACACGCCUCUCAGACCCGAGUCUCCGAGCGAGGACCAGCAGCAACCAUCUGCCUCUGCUCUCUCCACCAGACUCAUGGAGAUGUUUGGGUUCGACAAACCUGAAAAGGUCUUGGUGGAGUAUGCUUGCACCUUAGUACAGAGCAUGCUUCUCCAGGGCUACAUGUAUGUCACAGAGGGACAUAUUUGCUUUUACGCCUAUCUCCCGAAGAAGUCAAGCGUUGCGAUCAAGUCUGGCUACUUGUCAAAGCGUGGUCGGAAUAACCCGAAGUAUAAUCGCUACUGGUUUGUAUUGAAGGGUGACGUCUUUUCAUAUUAUGCCGACUCUUCAAACCUUUACUUCCCCAGCGGCCAUGUGGAUCUUCGCUACGGAAUUUCGGCGUCCCUUGCGGAGCCCAAGACCAAGGGCGCUGAGGUGAAAGACUUUCAGGUCACCACGGACCAGCGAACGUAUUACUUCAGGGCCGAUAGCGCCACCAGCGCGAAAGAAUGGGUGAAAGGUCUACAGAAGGUCAUCUUUCGAACACACAAUGAAGGAGACAGUGUCAAAGUGUCUUUUUCAACCGGAAAUGUGAUUGACUUGGAGGAGAGUCCGAUGACCGAGUUCGCCGAGACUUUCAAGAUCCGGGUCCUCGACAGCAGUGAGACCUACGCUAUUGAUGAAUACUUUUUCUGUUUCUUCAACUCGGGGCAAGAUGCCUUCAAUUACCUGAAAGCCCUGGUCGGCUCUUCGCCUACAAAGAAUUUGUCCGAAGGGGGCCCGGAAAAGAAUGAAAUGAAAUCCCAAAUCGAAGCCCGAGCUUCAGGUCCGAAGCAAGACUACUCGCCACAAGGACGAAGUGCAAGUCCCGGGAACGAACAACGAGAGGAAGCGGACUCCUUCGCGCAGUCCAUAGGGUUAGACACCGAGUCUUCCGCCGUUGUGCGGUCAGCAACAGAGACAACUGAGUCUGCGAGUCAGAUCCUCAACCGCAGCGAUGUUUUCCAGUCACCGUCAUUGGCGAGACGCUCCUCUGAUGUUGAACAAAUGAGUCGAAGACGAUCUGACGACACCACUCGGUCUGCAUCUGUGCAAAUUGGCGCAACGGCUCGACGGGAAGUCGGGGUAGCCGGUCCGGGCAGAAAUGCUGGAAAUAUUUAUGCCCCCACGCCCGCCAGCCAGAGAGUUCAUGAUCACCCGAACGUUCCCUUGAAUGAUUUCAUGAAAACGGGUGCAUAUCCCCUUCAGCGUGCGGCUGGAUUUGCCGAGUACCUGAAGAGUAGAUCCAAGCAGAUGAGUUCUUUGUUAGCCACAGAGUCAAUGGGAUACAUUGAAAAAGUGUCCGGCAUGUGGAUUGGAGGUCAGAAGCACUACGGCAAGGCCGAAGGAGUCUUGUCUGAGGAUCAAAAUGUUGAUCCCGAGGACAAGGAAGGCAGUCUGAAUCACGGCGAUCGAUUCCGAGCACACUUUGCACUUCCCUCUACGGAGAGGCUCCAGGCGACUUACUACGCCUAUUUGCACCGAGUGCUUCCGCUCUACGGCAAGAUCUAUAUCAGUGAGAGGAAGCUUUGUUUCCGCAGUCUUAUCCCUGGUACUCGCACCAAGAUGAUUCUCCCCCUCAAGGACAUUGAGAACGUCGAGAAGGAGAAGGGAUUUCGAUUUGGCUAUCAUGGCCUGGUUGUAAUCAUUCGUGGCCAUGAAGAGCUUUUCUUCGAGUUCAAUGCAUCCGACUCGCGGGAUGACUGUGCAGUCACAUUGCAUCAGGGCCUUGAGUCGGUCAAAUAUUUAGUGGAAUCAGGCAUGCUUGCCGAAGAAGAGCGCGAGGAGGUUGAAGCAGCCAAGGCCGAGAAUCGCAUGUUGGAGGAGGCUAGGCUCGAUGGCCCAGUGGAACAUGACACGCAACCCACGCUCAACGAGGAUUCAUCGGAGAUCCAUCCCUUCUUUGACGACCCACGUGCAUCCAUCAUCAACUUCAAACCUCCCCAUCCUUUGCGUAUCACUUGUCUGACGAUCGGCUCUCGUGGUGACGUGCAGCCCUACAUUGCUCUUUGCAAGGGUCUUCUUGCUGAGGGUCAUAAGCCAAAGAUUGCCACUCAUGCCGAGUUUGAGCCGUGGAUCAGGAAGCACGGCAUUGAUUUUGCUCCCGUUGAUGGAGACCCGGCCGAGUUGAUGCGCAUUUGCGUGGAAAAUGGAAUGUUUACAUACUCUUUCCUCCGCGAAGCUUCACUGAAGUUCAGAGGAUGGAUUGAUGAUCUUUUGUCAUCUGCUUGGACCAGCUGUCAAGACAGUGAUCUUCUCAUCGAGUCGCCUAGUGCAAUGGCGGGGAUCCAUAUCGCGGAGGCUCUCCGGAUUCCUUACUUCCGCGGCUUUACCAUGCCAUGGACAAGGACUCGCGCCUAUCCACACGCCUUUGCUGUUCCAGAGAAUCGUAUGGGUGGUUCAUACAACAAAAUCACAUAUGUCAUGUUCGACACCAUCUUCUGGAAGGCCAUUGCUGGUCAAGUGAACCGCUGGAGGAAUAGCGAGCUUGGGCUCAAGGCCACCAACCUGGAAAAGAUGCAGCAGAACAAGGUCCCGUUCUUGUACAACUAUUCACCUUUCGUUGUCCCUCCGCCUAUCGACUACCCAGAUUGGAUCCGCAUCACCGGCUAUUGGUUCUUGAGUGAGGGUUCGGAUUGGACGCCUCCACCGCAACUCCUGGACUUUAUUGCCCGUGCGCGCGCUGACGGCAAGAAGAUUGUCUAUAUUGGCUUUGGAUCGAUCGUGGUGUCGGACCCAGCGGCUCUCACAAGAACUGUCGUCGAAUCUGUCCAGAAAGCCGACGUCCGUUGCAUUCUCUCGAAGGGAUGGUCAGACAGACUUGGUGAUCCUGCCAGUGUGAAAGUCGAAAUACCUCUACCCCCAGAAAUCUAUCAAAUUCAAGCCGCACCUCAUGACUGGCUCUUUUCGCAGAUUGAUGCGGCCGCUCACCACGGUGGAGCAGGAACUACUGGCGCAAGUCUCCGAGCCGGUGUGCCCACUAUUGUGAAGCCGUUCUUUGGCGACCAGUUCUUCUUCGGGGGUCGAGUUGAAGAUUUGGGCGUCGGAAUCUGCAUGAAAAGAUUGAAUGUCAGCAUCUUUUCGCGGGCUCUCUGGGAGGCUACGCACAGCGAGCGGAUGAUUGUCAAGGCUCGGAAUCUGGGCGUCCAGAUCCGCAGUGAGGACGGCGUGGCCACCGCAAUCCAAUCUCUGUACCGUGACCUUGAAUACGCGAAGACGCUCGCACGACAGCGCUCCAUCGCGUCAUCCACCCCGUUCUCACCAACACCUACUGCUCAAGCGGCCCCAGACCACGCCGACGACGACGUCGACGACAUUGAAGAGUGGACCUUUGUGGGCGAUGACACUGACAUCGACAUCACGAGACGCAUGCGAGAUCGAGCUGCCUCCGAGAGCGACAAGCUGACCUAG